CCAGAAGUCAUCUUGUUCUCGGGAAAUUCACCAUUGAAAGUUCAUCUGAGGAGCUGUUCUGAAACCCUGUCGAUCAUCUACAGACAUCUCAGGCAUCCCUGCACUUAUUCCACUAACAUGUCCUCGGACGGUGCAGUGACAGCAGCUGAACCCAGGUUACAUCGUCUCUUCCCCUGGUUCGACCCUUACAGUGCUGCGGUGGUGACCAUCCUGUUGGGGCUGUUCCAGGUGAUCUUGUCCAUCCCGCUCAGUUUCGUUGAUCCAACUUUGCCAAAACUCUUUGUGGCGCCACUUUUCAUAGGAAUUAUAAUUGUAGUGGGAGGAUCUUUCACCAUCGCCUAUGAGAGGGACCCCAGCAGACUACUUCUUCAAGGGUGCGUGUGCAGUAACCUGGUCGGCCUGCUGGGGACGCUGAUUUCUUUCUGCAUCUACUGCUACAGCCUCAGCAACCAACAAAACAAAGAGCCUUGUGACUCCACUACUGAGCCCUCAUAUGACUAUGAUUACGGUUCAAGGUCGAGGUGUGCUGGGGAUGUUCUGUCGCUUUAUACCUGGAAUAUGAUACUACUGCUGGUGCUCUACAAUAUUGGAGCCGUGAUCAUGCACUCCCUCCUGUCUGUCUCCGCCCUCAAAGCUUUCAAAACAGAAUAAUGUACACACACACGCAAAACACAUGCACCACACGUGCUGAAUUACUCCAUAUCAGCAACAGAAUUUAAAAUCAGUUAUUAAAUUCACCGAACAAAAUUUUAAAAAUGUCAAUCCUGCAGAUUUCGGUUUUCUUGGGUUUAGUGAGUUUUCAUGAAACCGAUCAGAUUAUUCAAACCAAAAUAUGUUCUGACAUUAUAUAUAGCCUGUUUACACCGGGAAUUUCAGCCUGCUCUCAUUCUGAAGUCGGCCACUUUGUCAGUGAUUUCUGCGUCAGACACUAGGUGGAUUUCCAUAACAGAUUUUCGCGAAACUUAAGCGAUAUUUUUGAAAUUUCAAUAAAACACAAUUGCGAGAUGACUGCAUUUCCACUGAGUGAUCUUAUGCGACUUCUCUUGCGUUGUUACGUGACUUUCCUCUCACAAUAACAUUCCAAAAAAGCACGCCGAUGGAUGUCCAAAACAUUGGCAGGUUUAUUUCUAUUGCAGCCACUCAAUAAAGCCAAUCUAAAAUCGCUCUUUCUUUGUCUCGUGUAAGAGUUAAGAAGAUCUCGGUCUCUUCCUCCGUCCACACAUACCUAGAAAUGUUUUGCAGAAUGUCGCGUGACACUGUUGUACUUUUUCUUCUUCUUUGGGUUUACAGGUGGUUGGCAUCCAUAAAUGUGCAUUAAGCGAAAAAAGCGUUUCCAUUGCAGUUUUGCGAAAUAUGGCUUUUUUGAAUCACCUUAUAUAACACCUCAUGUGAGGGUAAAAACUUUUUUGAGUUUUUUUUUUUUAGAUUGACGUGUUUCCACAUAUUUUUUAUUCGUAAUUUAAACUUGCGCAAUUGAAAGGUUAAUGAAAACCCGCCUACUGACAUCAAAAGCCACCAUUCAUUGGCCAUAUGAUACGCCGAUGGACGGUGCGAGUUGAAGACACUGCCAGUAAGGUAAUAAGGAGUUGGAGAGUCCUCAGAGGACAGGCAGGAGGAGAUGUAGAUGGGUCCAACAAAUCGUCACCUUUUCUCACUUCUCACCGGGAGCCCAGUGUUGACUUCCUGUAUGAAUAGAGCCAAAGCAUGAUGUAUUUUUCUAAACCCAACCAUGUGAUUUUGUUGAUGUCCUGCGUUGGUUGCUGUGUCCCACAUCAUCAAGAGGAUACCUAGUAGGCUGAAAUGGUAUUUAAUAUUUCAUACCUUGCAAUCUUCCUGAAAUUUCCCCGGGGUAUAUGAUAUAUAAUGGAGGGUAUGCUUUAAUCACUGCAAAUGUUCAAACAGAAUCUAUCAACAAACAUGCUCUUUGUGAAAAUGUGCAUAUUGUUUAACUCGUAGCACAUGUGUGAACACAAUCCAGUUUGGGUACAAAGAAAUUACCUGAUGUGACUGCAGUUUUAUGUGAAAAUGCAUAGCCUUUUGACACUUACUGUAUAUACAUGCGUUUAUUUUAUAAUGACGUUUUUAUGUUUAUAAUGUAUUGGAAUGUUUUAUAUGUUUUAACAAUUUUAUAACAAUUCAAGUUAUCAUAAAGAAAAUUAAUAUAAAGGAGGAACGGAUAUUUACAUCUGGAUAAGUCAAUUCAAUUAUCAUUUGUAAACAUGUUUCUGUUUCAUGGUCUUCAGUUUGUACCUCAGUGUGUAUGUUGGCGGAGAACAAAUUCUUACAUAUAAGCCUCACAGUGUGUUGUUACUAAGGUGUUGCUGUGUCUGUGUGCAAAACACUGUUUUUCAGACUGGUGGUUCUGUGUGUUUCCAUAAUGGGGUCUGGGCUGUCAGCCAAAGAGCAGCUUCUUUUCUGUCCAGGAUAUAACUUCUUUUUUUUUUUUUUACAUUUGUUCAGAUUAUUGUCUACAGUUCCAAAUACAUUGACGCUGUGAUGAUUCACUGCAUUUUUAAUGACUGCUUGCUCUUGCUUUGAAUCAAAUGCUGAUGUCUGUAAAAAAUGUCCAGCAGUGUUCUUCUGUAUCUUCUCAAUAUGUACAGGAUGCUCAGAGCAAAGACACAAAGAGAACAUUGAAAGGCCACAGCGUCCCAAAUACAAAAUUCUGCCUCACCCGCCCCCUUUCCGCAACUGACAAAGGUUGUUCAGAGGUCAUCGAGGAAUUAAAUGAGGCUCUGAGUGUUGUCUGUUCAAAUUAGGAGAACGGUUUUAACAACAGUGUGUGAACAUGAGUAAAAUGGACGCGAGGACAGUUUUAGAGGUCGAGUUGUACUCAAAAGUGUGUACUCAAAAUGCAGACAUGCACAUUACCAGUUGUUAAAAUAAUAAUAUUUAAUACAUUAAAAAUAACAGCAACUACCAUUUGUCAUGCUAGGUGGAUCUUUGCCAAACUCUAAAUGUAUAAGGGACUGUUUGUUAUUUAUUGGAAGAGAGGGAGUGGUGCAGAAAGGCACUGGGGAGGACAUUUUUAUGUUGGCUUUAGAGGAGGAACAGAAAACUUUGUAUUUUAUUCUUUAAAAAUCGCCAGAAUUGUGAAUACAGAAAUUAUUGUUGGAUUAUCAAAUUUCCAGUCCUUGGACACAUGUAAAAUAAAAUAUUAAUAUUACAUCAAA